AUGGGAUGCAACAACGAGGCAGUUAAAAAAUUUGUUCAAAAAAUAAUAGACGAUAACAUUAUUGCUGUAUUUUCGAAAACCGAGUGCCCAUAUUGUAUUAAAGCUAUAACAAUACUGAAAGGAUAUAACCCGAAUAGCAUGCAUGUAGAACAAAUUGAAAAAAAUCCAAACAUGGCUGAUAUCCAAGCCUACUUAAAGGAUUUGACCGGAAAAAGCUCUGUACCAAGAAUAUUUAUAAAUAAAGAAUUUGUUGGGGGAUGUGAUGACUUGGUAAAAGAAAAUGAAGAGGGAAAACUUCAAGAGAGGCUAAAGAAGGUUGGUAUACUUAGCUAA